ACACUUGACUUAAUUUGAGAUAAUCAGAAAAAUAGGAAGCGUUCAACAUGGCUCCGAUAUCGUUGCGAUUCGAGCUCCCGUCCGUAGUAUCAACGAAAAGUUAUGACAAAAUAAUUCCUCCAUCGAUUGUGAAUUUAAAUCGCAACAGAACGAKUUCAACCAAAGCGUCGUCGUGCACAACAUCUGACUCGUCUGCAACGUAUGGUUCGUCUAGCUCAUCUAGCUCAUCUGAAGCAUAUGAYACGCCUCAAGUAUACGACUCCUCUUCAACAAAUGGCUCUUCUUCGACAUCUUCCUACUACCGCUUUCCCUUUCAUCGACAAGAUGAAUUCCAAAAUGACAAUUCGACUCUGAGCUAUGACAAUAGUAGUCUAACAACGAACACAUCAUCAAGAACAACAGAAAAAUCGGAUACUAUUCAAUACUUGCCGGAGAUAAGUGAAGCAUCUACUACAGAAGAAUCGCUGUCUGAGUCACAUUAUAUCUUGGUGGAAGAGGUUGAGGAUAUACAAGAGGUCAGAAAUGAAGACGACGAACAACUUGUCGAUGAUACAGUUCGAAGCAGAUCAAUCACACUGAAAUGGGACAAUGGGAAUUCGCANGUACCUCGUACCGUACGGUACAGUUUAGCUCAUACUAGACCUUUUGCGUUCGUAGUCACGAUUCAUGGUGUCAAAUUCGGUCUAAAAAACAAAAAACAAGACAGAACCGGGAAAUUGUUGCCAAAAAUUGUCUCCUCACAAGAUUUAAAGGUCGACGUAUCAUAAACAUUCCUCCUUUUUUCCAAGUGUACAAAAUGUAUUUGUGGCGACGCAAACUAUGAUUCAUGAGGAGAUAUGCAACUUGAUCAUGAUCUUAAAAAAUUUGGCGUGGGAAUGGGUAAUUCAAAAGAACAUUCAUAUCGUGAUGGACAUCUGUUGUCGUAAACACUCUUCGCAAUCCUUAUGAAAAUCAAAAGACACUUGACUUAAUUUGAGAUAAUCAGAAAAAUAGGAAGCGUUCAACAUGGCUCCGAUAUCGUUGCGAUUCGAGCUCCCGUCCGUAGUAUCAACGAAAAGUUAUGACAAAAUAAUUCCUCCAUCGAUUGUGAAUUUAAAUCGCAACAGAACGAKUUCAACCAAAGCGUCGUCGUGCACAACAUCUGACUCGUCUGCAACGUAUGGUUCGUCUAGCUCAUCUAGCUCAUCUGAAGCAUAUGAYACGCCUCAAGUAUACGACUCCUCUUCAACAAAUGGCUCUUCUUCGACAUCUUCCUACUACCGCUUUCCCUUUCAUCGACAAGAUGAAUUCCAAAAUGACAAUUCGACUCUGAGCUAUGACAAUAGUAGUCUAACAACGAACACAUCAUCAAGAACAACAGAAAAAUCGGAUACUAUUCAAUACUUGCCGGAGAUAAGUGAAGCAUCUACUACAGAAGAAUCGCUGUCUGAGUCACAUUAUAUCUUGGUGGAAGAGGUUGAGGAUAUACAAGAGGUCAGAAAUGAAGACGACGAACAACUUGUCGAUGAUACAGUUCGAAGCAGAUCAAUCACACUGAAAUGGGACAAUGGGAAUUCGCAYAAGUUGUCAUGUUGGGCAGCYAAUGAUGAAAGUAGUUAUGACGACGAYGACGAACAUGAGCUACCAUCGGGSAUUUCAAAAUCUGACAUUAUGGUCACAGUUGAUAUUGAUGACGAAGCGCGAUCAUCUCGAGUGGAAGCAUUAGACGAAGAAGAUCUUGACGUAGAAAUUCUUMACCAUAAAAGACGUAGCAGCGGGUCAAACAGCCCUCGAAAGCAGCGCCAUCAACAACGACAGGAUUUCGAAAACUCGGUCCAAAAGGGCAUUCUUGAUGAUCUGAGUAGUGUAUACACAGCAACACCGAACACUGCAAAACUCGUGCUUUGCGUUGUCAUUUCAGUCAUGUCAGAUGGGACAUUAGAGCACACAUUUUGGAGCGGUGGGAGAGUUGGUUUGACUGAAUUGGCACUCCAAUGGGUUUUAUUUGACGCAGACAACCUUCAAGUUUUUAAACGUGGACGGACCGUUCAAAAAAGAGACUUUGGUUUCGGACCUCUCGGUUUGACCCAAACCGAAGGGCAACAUUAUCUGACUUCAUCACUGGCACCAUGGGCUGCCAAUGACAUCAUGCGAAAUGUUGGAUAUGGUGUGCUCGAAGAYCUGUUGGUAGAGAUUUGAAUUGUAAAUAUAGUCCAUGAAUAGUAAUACAAGACAAUAAACGAAACCUAUCUCGCUCGUUGCUGGACGCACUUUUUGCAGUCUGCAGAAGAUAAACAUAAAAGGAUAUG